AUGUCUCGUUCUUCUCGUACAAGUGAAUUGAUUUUUGAUCCAGAAGUAGAGAAGACUGCUCGCCAAACUAGGAAAGAGACCAGACAGCUCAGGGAGGAUCAAUUUAGCAUUGCAUCUCAGAGACUGGGUCUAGAGGUUGAGUCAACAAAUUUGAGUGGUGAAAAUUUAAGUGACCUAGGCCACGAGGAUAUCCCUAUGGCGAAUGCAAGAACACUGAGGGAGUUGGCUGCUGCGGAAUUGCCCCAGCAGCCGUUGUGCAUUACAUUUCCUACUCUAACUGAAAAUACCUCAUUCGAAUUGAAGUCAGAAUUAAUUCACCUCCUACCCACGUUCCAUGGCCUCUCAGGUGAAGAAUCCCAUAAACACAUCCAGGAGUUUGAUGUGGUAUGCUCCAGUAUGAAGCCUUCAGGAAUUACUGAGGAGCAGAUCAAACUCAGGGCCUUUCCCUUCUCGCUCAAAGAUGCAGCGAAGGAUUGGUUAUACUACCUACCUGCAGGUAGUAUCACAACGUGGGCCCAACUUAAGAAGAAAUUUUUGAAAAAAUUCUUCCCUGCAUCCCGGGCUGCAAGUCUAAGAAAAGAGAUAUGCAGUAUUAAGCAGUAUCCUGGAGAAUCUCUAUAUGAUUACUGGGAAAGGUUCAAUAAGUUGUGCACUAGAUGUCCACAGUAUCAAAUUAGUGAACAAUUAUUGAUCCAAUACUUCUAUGAGGGACUCCAACCGUCAGACAGGAGUAUCAUAGAUGCUGCGAGCGGGGGAGCACUGGCAAAUAAGACCCCGAGGGAAGCAUGGCUGCUCAUUGAGUCGAUGGCGAAGAAUUCUCAACAGUUUGGCUUCCGUGAGAGUAACCCUAUCCGUAGGGUCAACGAGAUGGAGACGUCGUCCAUUCAGCAGCAGAUAUCGGAGCUGACAUCUUUCGUUCGACAAUUAGCUAUGGGAAACAUGCAUCAAGCAAAGGCUUGUGGAAUUUGCACAAAUGUGGGCCAUCCCACUGACUUGUGCCCUUUGUUGCAAGAGGAUGAGGCUGAACAAGUGAACAUGGCUGGAGGCGUGCCAACGCCUCGAAAACCGUAUGAUCCAUACUCCAGCACGUACAAUCCGGGUUGGCGAGACCACCCCAAUUUCAGUUAUGGUAACAAGCCACAGAAUUCAUUUUCUAAUCGUCCACCAGGAUUCCAACAACCGUGGCAACCAAAGGCUCAACCCUUGUCUUCUAGCUCAGGAAGUUUUUUGGAGGAAAUUGUCAAGAGUUUGGCAACAACCACCACUCAGCUCCAGCAAGAGACUAGAACCUUGGUCACGACCACUGCUCAAUUCCAGCAGGAGACUAGGUCCUUGGUCGCGAGCUCUACUCAGUUUCAACAGGACACCAGAGCGGGCAUGAAAGACAUGGAGACUCGAAUGAGUCAAAUGGCAACUGCCAUUAAUCGCCUGGAGUCCCACGUCUAUAGAAAAUUGCCUUCGCAGCUUGAGGCAAAUCCCAGGAAUGUAAGUGCCAUGACACUGAGGAAUGGUAGAAAAGUGGAAGGGCCCAAAGCCACGAACUUGAAAAGUAAGAGUGAAGAGGAAAUCGAGAAGGAGAUGCAAGAGGAAGGACACAUCCGUGACAACCCAGAGGUAACUCUCAUUCCCUCUGUACCCAUUAAAUCUAACUUACCUCCUUUUCCAUGUAGGUUCGAGAAGACGAAGAAGGUGGAGAAGGAGAAAGAGAUCCUGGAGGUGUUCAGAAAAGUGGAGAUCAACAUUCCUUUGUUGGAAGCAAUCAAGCAAGUGCCGAAAUACGUAAAAUUUCUCAAGGACUUGUGCACUCAUAAGAGAAAGUUGAGAGGAGAUGAAAGAGUAGCGGUGGGGGAGAACGUAUCAACCAUACUCCAAAGGAAGCUUCCGCCCAAAUGUAGGGAUCCAGGUAUGUUCACGAUCUCUUGUAAGAUUGAGAAUACGCCGAUCAGGAAGGCCAUGUUGGAUUUAGGGGCGUCAAUCAAUGUGAUGCCAAAAACCAUUUAUAUAUCUCUAAAUUUAGGACCCCUUAAAGAAAUGGCCAUCAUAAUCUAA